GUAAGCAGUUUAUUUCACACAAAAUAAAGGCAGUUGCAGUAGCAUGAAGACUGCAGUAUCCUAUUGAUUAAGCAAAUGGACAGUAUUUUGGCGCAAAGGUAAACCGAUAUAAAGUGCUAUCUAGCUAAAUUAGCACAACAGUAGUCACGGGUGAACAAACGCUCGAACACCGUCUAGUUUUAGAUAAGGUCCUGCGCUUAUAGUCAAUAACCCGACACAAAACGACCCAGAAACAGCAGCUGUACUCAGCAAAUUACGAUUUUAAACGCGACUGCAAAAUAAAGACUGAUCCCAAAUCAGUCUAAACGGCACCGGAUGUCGGCAAAGUAAAGAGACAAGUGCCGUUUUCGUGAGUGACUUGUUCCAGGAAGUGCUCUCCGCCGAGUAGAGCAUUUCUGAAGGGCUGCCAUUUUACCGAGUUUACGGUGCCCGAGUGAACGAUGGGGAGCAAAGCGGUCCAGCUUACCUCAGGCUCGCAUCAUGAGCACAUUCUGGCUUCUCUGCAUGACCUGAGGCUGCAAGGUCAGCUGAGUGACGUCACCGUGCAGGUGGACUAUGAGGGAGAUGUGGAGGAGUUUCAUGCCCACCAGGUGAUGCUUGCUGCAUCCAGUGGCUACUUCAAGAAAAUUCUGCUGUCUCCGCACGCAUCUCGUGAUAAACUGUCUCUCUCAAAUAUGCACUCGGAGGAUUUCUCUGCAUUUCUGGAAUUUGUGUACACCGGUAAAGUUGAAGUUGCCAGACACAAGAUAGGUAGUGUUCAAGCAGCGGCAGAGUUUUUGGACUGUGAUGAUCUGCUGAAGGUUUGCGGCGAAGCCAUAAGCGCAGAAAUGAUACAAAAGCCCACAAAGAAAAGCUCAAAAGUUGUGGCUCCAGAUGAUGUGCAUGGUGCUCAAAAAGAAGAAAAGGCAAACGGGAAGAGGCAUCGUAGAAGCUUGCUGGUUAAGCGGCAGCUGUCUCCACAUAGGCUGGUGACAGAAGUCACUUCAAAAAGAUUCAAGGCAAAGAAAACAGUGAGGGAUGAAAAAAGGCGGGGAAGAAAGCUACAGGUAAAACCGUCUGGCAGUAAGGUGCAACAGAGAGGCGUUUGUACUAAAAUAGUGCCUUUAAACAUCAAAAAUCAAACUAUUGAUAAAGAUGGAGAGGAGGAUGGGAGCAGGACUGAAGAUAAAGCUGAGCCAGAGAAAGAAAAAGCCAAAGAAGACGAGUGUUCACUGGGAGACCCUGCCUCUGAUGGGGAUGACUGGGAAUGCGAGGACGAUGCGCAGAGUAAGGAUUCUGAAGACCCGUUGUUUUUACCACCCGGAGAGGAGGAGGAGGAUGAGGAGGAACAAUCCAAGCAGACUUUAAAACAAUCAUCCAAGGCCCAGUUCCAGUGCAACAAGUGCCAGCGGACUUUCCACUAUGAGAAGAGCUACUUAAAGCAUAUCAGUACGUACCAUGGCGUGAAAGCAGAUGUGGUUUAUCGCUGUGAGACCUGCUCGCAGACCUUUGCAAACCGCAGCAAUCUGAAGAUCCACGAAAAGCACGUUCACAGUAACGAGAGGCUCUUUGUCUGCGAAUCCUGCAACAAGACCUUUAAGCGAAAGAAGGAUGUCGUCCGCCAUCAAAGACAGGUGCAUGAACGCAAUCUGCGACACAUCUGUCCUGACUGCGGGAAAUCACUCAGCUCCAAAACUGCCCUGUUGUUGCACGAGAGGACACACACAGGCACAAAACCCUAUGAGUGUACUGACUGCGGGGCCAGAUUUACCCAGAACUCUGCCCUCAAGAUGCACCGCAGGACUCACACAGGAGAGAAGCCAUUUGCAUGUGAUGAGUGUGAUGCACGGUUCACUCAGAAGCACAUGCUGGCCUACCAUAAGAGAUCGCACACAGGAGAGAAGCCAUUCAUGUGCGAAGCCUGUGGGAAAAGCUUUGCAUCUAAAGAAUACCUGAGACACCACUCAAACAUCCACACAGGCUCCAGACCAUAUAAGUGUGAAACUUGCGGUAGAGGCUUCGCUCAGAGGAACUCUCUCCACCAGCAUUUAAAAAUACAUACAGGCGAGCGUCCGUACAGCUGUAAAGACUGUGACAAACAGUUCACUCAGCUCAACGCACUGCAGAGGCAUCAGCGUAUUCACACAGGAGAGAAGCCCUACAUGUGCGGCCUCUGCAAACGCACAUUUACAGACAAGUCCACCCUACGCAGGCACACUACGAUUCAUGACUCAGAUGCUCCGUGGAAGACAUACCUGGUGGUGCUGGAGGGAAACGUGGAGGAAAAGAAGCCCAGAUCUCCUACUAAGAUAAAGACAGAAGAAGCAGGACCAGGAGAGCAUAAGAGCACGCCCAGGAAAAGUGCUACAACUGCUGCUGGCGAUGCUCCUGAUGCUGGUGGUAAAACCCACACCGACUCCAUUGUGAUUCCAUCUGAGCCAGUCAGUGUUCCUGCUGAGUGGCUGACCAGUCACGGAGCCAUCGCUCUGGUCAGCCACAGCACUAUCGGCGGGAUCACCGUUAUCCACACGGAUGUCACACCAGGGACUCAGAUCCAGCCCAUCGUAGCCACUGACAAUACAGGGACCAGUGUCAUUUCUUUAGAUGGGUCAGCCAUCCCUGUUCCCUUCCCUUUACCAGUGUCCAUGGCUCACUCUGUCCCCUUGUCCUCUGAAGCGCCCUCUACUUCUCUGUCUGUACCCACUCUCUCAGUUCCUGUUUCUGAGGGGUUUUUAGCAUCAGUCUCACAGAUCCCAGGAGUUUCGACAUCAUCUGUGCUGGAAGCUGCAGCUUCGCAAACUAUUUUGGCUCCAGUUUCAGACUCUAAAGCCGCUUCAGAUACUGAACCUCCCGACCCCAACAUUCAGACUGUGGUUAUUGGUGAGAAUGAUUGUGGGAGAAAACAGCCAGUAUCCAAAGUGAAGAACAAGAAAGGACUAAACUGAGACCUCAAAAUAAGAUGUGUGUAGGGGGUGAAUGUAAAUAGCUUAUUUUACUGGCUUUGGGGAGUUUUUAAGCCGUCUCAAAUCAAAUCAUGCUACCUUAUGUGUAUUCUUUGAGUUUUUCACUAUUAUAAUUAUCUGAGUUCUGGUGUUUCAGGAAUAGCGUUAGCACUUUUUGUUUGGCAUUUCAAU